AUGCUGGCUGGUAGCCAAGGAGCACCACCUGUCAUGUCAUGGAAGCAUUGCCCCUUGUCCGUCCCGGGAGCUGUCAUAUCACUUCCGCGCCGCCGCUGUUCAACCGUUCGUCAACGGCCUAACUGCGUGUCUGGCCUGGUCUUUACCGCAUGGCGCAUACGACGACGGGUCCCCUUGUCGCAGACCCAACCUUUUUCGGUCAUCUCUCGUCCAACUAGCAUCUUGCGGCCCUUUGCCGCGCAUAGAAGAGCAAGACUGAUGAAAUCAUCGCCUCCUAUGUAUUACAGUACAUGUGCUCGUAUGCAGCAGUCCCAAGAUGGCACCUUGGCGUACUGGGUAGCCGAGGAGGGCAAUGCCUGCACGGACUCCCUGACCACUGCAGAAGAAUUUGCCGCCCCAAUGGAAAAUUCCACCCAACGGCCUCUCUGCUACCGUUUGGCUGCAUGGAGCACUCCGUACUACUACGACGACUACUAUGUACUUCUACUCCUACAAGUACUUUACUUUGCCGGGGAGCAGAGUCGCCUAUUGGGGAGUGCUAUGAGAGCUUAUUGGGUGCGUAAUCGCCGAAGAUAUGACCUUUGUCUUGGACUUGCUUUGGAGAUGGCCGCCAUUCUCACGGCAAAGGCGUCUUUACGAUGCAAUGUCAAGAAGUUCAGUACUCCUUGCAUAAACGAAGAUUGCUGUCUUGGUGCUGCGCUGCAUACAAGUACUACUAGCUUUCUCUUUGGUGUGGUACAGCUGGAAAUGGUCCAUUUCAGCACCCUAUCUCUUGUAGAGAUCGCAUCUCGAUACACGCUUAGCUGGGUCGAUCUAUUUCCGUGCUCCCGUAAGGAGUUACUCGAGGCGGAAUACCGUCUGGCACACGAGACAUUAGAGCUGCCGGCUGGGUCAGUAGAAGACUUCCAAGAGUCUGCCAAGAAGGCUCAAUGCGCUGGCCGAACAAACAAAGGAUGGGCGCACCACCUGCGGGACAUAAAAGCAUAUGCGUGGAUUAAUGAAUACGACGCCCUGCCAACAGCCUUCCAUCGCAGGAACAGGCGCAAAGUUGACUGCGCCAACGACCGUCCGGCCAUCCAUGCAGGCCAAGUUGAAUGCAGCAAUGGUGUGGUGUGUGGCGUCAGCCGACUCAAAACUGAUAUUUCCCCGACGGUAGUUCUCGUCCCUCAAGACUCGGCGCAACUGAUAUGCGGCGUAUCGCAGCUCGGCCUGUUGUUGAUCCCGAUUCCUUCUGGGUUCGUCUCAUCCUUUGUUGCUGGGCGUCUGUCAAUGGACGGGUGA